AUGUUGAUGCAAGAGCUGACGAUUGAACCAGAACUUCUCAAUCAGAUGAAUGCAUGGGCAAAUCAGACGGCGCAAAGCCAGCAAGAUGCAGCAAUUCUGAUCCAGGAGUUGUUCAGAAGGACCCAGGUCCUUGGUGAAGCAGUUCAGCAGAUUCCUCGUAGUUUGUGCGAUCAGGUGCGUGAGCAGCUUCAGGCCGACUUAGCUGCGCAAGAGAAACACAUGAUUGACUUGACAGGUAGGGUGACAGUGUUGGAAAACUUGUGUAGAGAUGUUGUCGCAAGACUGAACGCCUUAGAAAUAGAGGUGUCCAACCAACGGUCAGUGCUUAGUCAUGUUCAACAAGAGUGCCAGCAAGUUGAGUCCCUGAAGUUUCGAUGUGAUGCGUUGCAUGACGUUGUUGCGCAGCAUGUUCGUGCCAGUGAUGACACAAGCGUCUUGCAUGUUCGGGUUGAGGCCCUUCAAGACAUGAUGAACCAUGUUGCAAAUCAGCUUGAUGAGUUGGUCGCUGCUCAGUGUGAUGUUGCCCGAAAUGCUCUAGAGCAUGAUUUGCCCGACCUUGCUUGCAUGACCCCGAGAAACCGUAGGCCAGAGCAUUUUGUAAUGAGCCCAGAAGUCAUCUCAUGUAGUCUUCCACAGGCCAACCAGCCUUCUGACCGCACCGUGCAGAACCUUCCUGAAGUGCCGCCGUUGCCUUUCGCAAGGAUAGAGCCACGUGCGCCCCCGGCAAAGUCGUCAAGCUCUGCCGGUCCUCUCCCAGCAGCUGCAGCUGCACCCAUUCCAGCAGUUCCUCAAGCAAAGGAGCCAAGUGUUUCAGUUGCAACAGCUUCAUGGUCUCAUGUUGGUGCUAGUGAUGUUGGUCAUGGUGGUAGUGCCGCUCUUGGCGGAAUGGGUGGCGUGCCAGAGUCAGUGUCCGAGUCCAGCCUAGGUCAGUCUCAAGGUUGGCAGUGCCCGCCAGGGUUGCCCAACGCCCAAGCACAUGCAGUUGCAUCAAUGGCAGUUUCUGAAGGAAAUGUUGGCCUUGGGGACUAUAAGUACAUGAAACAAAGUCCUGCGCUGAGCUUGACAGGCCUCUCGACUUUGCCACAAGGAAGUGAACAGUUGGAAGGAAAGUUGUUGGUUGCGUUAAUGGCUGCGCUGCCUGAGGAAAUCAAACGGCCAAUGCUAGAAGCUCAUCCAAGCCGGGCGCCGACAAGCCUGGAACUGGUUCACCAAGCACUGGAAUGGUGCGCGCCCGGAGGCAAGGAAGACCGCAGGUCGUUGCUUGAGUUUGUUCGACGCCCUGGUGGUGCUUUCGUGUCAGCUGCAGACUGCAGAGCGAGGCUCCGAUUGUGGAGAAGUGCAAAGCACAGGCUCACUCGCCUUGGUCUUUCCCAGCCUCCUCCCACUGAACUUCUAAUGGCCUUGGAAGAGAUCGUUGCCAGUAUGGAACGGAAGCAUGAGUCGCUCAGGUUUGCACUUCAGGCUGCCCGCCUUGCCUCUGAAGUUCGCCAGCCGACCGAGCAAGGCGUUCUAGUUUUCGAGCAGCAGGUUGAACAGGAGUUGAUGAUGUUAGAACAGGAUGAGCGCACACGUUCAAGUGCCCAAGGUAUAGGUAUCAAUGCUGUGCGUGAAUCUCCCAAAAGAAAGCCUUGCCAUUUCUUCGCCAAACCCGGAGGUUGCUCGCGUAACCCAUGCCCGUAUGAGCAUGUCAAGCCAGACAAGCCCAGUAAAGCAGAACCUAAGACACCCAGCAAGGCCCAGCCAAAGCAAAAGGGAUCUCCUAAAGGUAGAGAUGGUUCAAAGGGUGAUGGCAAAGGGAAAGGUGAAGGAAAAGGCAAGGCCAAACCAAAGGUCCAAGCAAAAACUGCUGAAGCAAAGGCGCCGACGCCAAGUGUGGAAGUCCUCGCGUCCAUGUUGCACGUUCAGAGCGAUCUAGAAGCAAGGUUGCAGUCCGUAGAUGCUGCGAUGGUGAAAGACCCCUUGCCAUGGGUUCUGGUUGAUUCUGGAGCAAAUCAAGUUUUGCGACCCUGGGACCAGGAGGUGGAAAAAGAGCUCGGCCAAGCAACGCCUCUAAAUGUGACCCUUGCCAGUGGAGAAAUGCGCCAAGGGUGGAAAACAUGCCAGGGCGAAGUUGUUUUGCCAAGAAAGUUCAGUCAGCCCCAUGCCAAAACUCCUUGGAUUUUGCCCGUCAGUCGCCUCGUGCAAGAGCUUGGAUAUCAGGUUGUUUGGAAGCCGGCUGCAGUAGAGCUUGUAGCACCGUCUGGAAACAAAGUCACCUGCGUCAUGAGACAUGAUUUGCCUUAUUUGAAAUGGAAAGAUUUCAAGGGUAUUCGCAAGCAGUUGGCAAAAAGCUUCCAGAGAGGUGCAGUAGCGCAAAAAUGUGGAAGUUUGAAUGCGGGGUCGGCUGAAGAAGAUGAGGAAGCAGUGUGGUCCACGCUCACCCGAGCGGACGAAGUUGAUGCUGCAGAAGAAGGAGACGUGUGGUGCAGUAGGAUGCUGUGUUUGGAGCCAGAAGCCAUUCCGGCCUCAGCUAGGAUCAGAGAAAUUCAAGCACAUGCCCUUGAAGAAGUCGCAAAGGCUUAUUUGUCUGAAUUCCAUGUCCUAGCUGAGAAAGAUUUGCCUGGUGUUCUUGAAGCACUUGUUUCACAGCUACCCUAUGCAGACCGAUUUGCGCCACGUCAGGCCAAUGAAGCAAGCCAAGGAAAGACAAACUCGGUUGUCAUUGGUUUGUAUCAGCAUGGCUCUUUCAGCGGUGUCACAACGUGGACGCAUCGCAUCCCACACACAGUGAAGCUGAUCAACGCAAUACUAGUAGCGCCUCACAGAGAUUCGAGAAACCAAGGGGUGUCUUACUUGAGGGCUUUUGGUGACUUUGAAGGGGGGAAACUAUGGGUAGAAGAUCCAGCUGGUCAAACAGAAGUUCGCCACCAAGAUAAAAUGUUGAUGGGCACCCUGUACCCCACUAAAGGCCAUUGGUUGAAGCUCAACGCAAAGCAUUUGGUCCAUUCUGUUGAGAAAUUUCUCGGCACAAGAAUUUCUGUUAGUGUGUACACUGCAGGAACUGGAAAGUUUGUCACGCAUGAGAUGGGCAGUAGUUUGUCUUCGUUUGGAUUCAAGCUUCCAAUGUCGCAUCAGCGAUACGAGGCCACAGUACAGGGGUGUUUGGGCGGGGAGGCACCAUGUCAGGUUGAUCCCUGGUGCGCUGGCAUUCCCAGCAAUCUUCAGUCCCGAUCCUCAGAUGUGCUGCAAGACCAAGAGUAUCAGCCGGCGCCUGACAUGCGUCAAUCUGCAGUUGCAGCCGUUUUUGGCAAAGGUGUAGUAGAGCACAUUGGAAAUUCCGAACCAGAUGACGUUGGAGCCACAGUUUGCUUUGGCCCCUUGAGUUUAGAUGCUGAUGCCAAAGAUGAACAUGCCAGGUGUGGCCAUGUGCCAAGUCGUCCUGAUUGUGAAGCAUGUCAGGAAGCUCUUGGCCUCAGACGCAUUCACAGGAAAGUACCAGUAAAUGCUAGAAGCACAGCCGUGUUGAGUUUGGACCUGACAGGACCACAUCCGAGGGCUUUUGAAACGCAUGCUCAGUAUGCCCUUAUUGCAGUUGCAACUCUUGACAAUGGGUUGAAUCUUGUUUAUGGGGUCCCAGUGCUCGACAAGACGUCUGCAAUCGUCCUCACUGCCACCCGGCAUGUCCUCGGGAUCUUGCGUUCUUUGUUUGGCGGCAAACUUCCCAUUGCCCAAGUGCACAGCGACUGCGGUGGAGAGUUUGUGUCAAAUUUGUUUCGAUCAGCCAUGCAGGAAAUUGGUGUUUUUCAAACAACGUCUCAGCCAGGGGACAAAGCGCAAAAUGGACGUGCUGAAAGGUACGUUGGGAUUGUAAAGCAAAAAACCGUAGCUCUUCUGCAAGAGGGAAAGCUCCCGGUGACCAUGUGGGCGCACGUCUUGCCCCACGCCUGCUUUCUCCUUAGACAGAGUGCUUUGGCCAGAACAGUCCCAUCAAAGCUGCCUGUUCCUGGCGACUGCGUGAUUGUGCCUGCCAAAGAACAAGCUGUUCGCGAGGGAGGUGAUUUCGUGCCGAAAGUCAAAUAUGGAGUGUUCAUUGGCAUCGACGAAACCAUCCCUGAAGGUGCCAUUGUUGCAGUGCGAGAUGGGGUCACAACAAGUCUCACGCGUGUGUCAGGUCCAAAGAAGUGGAAAUCAGCAGACCUGAAGCGAUGGCGCAUGCACACACACCCAACCCAGGCAGACAAAGCUGUUUGGGUCUCAAGUGUAGGAGAUGUUGUUUGGUCUAGUCCUCACUCCAGUGCCAUUUUGGCCUUCGAAGAACGUAGGCCAGCGCCGGGCCCAACUGAUGUUGCAGAGUUUGUCCGGCGAGGCAUCCCAGGCCUCUCAGCACAGCAGUACUACAGUUUGUACAUGCAUUCGUACGAAGCCCCAGAGGAAAUAGCAGACACAAAUGUUGUCAGGAAUGUUGAAUACUCUUGGUUGGAACUUGCAGCUCAUCAGGCCAAUCUUGUUCGGGAAGCUUGCCACAGCCCAGAUGCUUGGGUCACCGUAGGUUCUGUUUUGAUCCGCAGGCAUUUGACACCCCGUGUGAACAUGUUUGAGCCAAUUGAUGAUGAAGUCUGCAGAUCCCCUGCCACCAGUUUAUGUGCAGACAGGGUUACCGUGGUUUUGGCUGAAGGAGACAAGAAGAGCGUUGUGAUUGACAGGUGGACUGAAGGCAAUCCUGGAAGGCAUCUCUUGCCAGACAGUAGAAAGUGGCGCGGUGUCACGCUGUUUGGUAUCCUCGCCACUUCCUUGCCAGAGCCACUUGCAUCAGCCGCAGUUGCUUCCGCGCAGGCAGAAGCAGCAAUCACUACAGCAUCUCCAAAAUAUUGGCUUCCAGACCCAGCAGCAGAAACCGAAAUGCAUAGACUGGAAAGUGCGGCCGCCAACCUUGAAACUCAUGAGCUGGUUAACGUGCCUGUUGACCCGAAAGAAGUUGAACAUGCUUCCGAGCCUGAGAAAUCGAAGUGGUUGGCGGGUAUAGAUAAAGAAAUGUCAAACUUGGAAGCCAUGGCUGUAUUUGACCGCAUCACUCAGGAGGAGUAUGAUGUUUGGAAGGCCAGCAAUCCCAGGUUGGCAAGGCCUCUCCCCACAAAGCUUGUGUUGGUCAAGAAACCACAGCCUGAUGCCACAGAUUUUGACAAUCCCUACAACCACAAGGCGCGAAUUGUCGUUUGCGGAAACAUGCAGCAGAAUGCCCAGAAAGAAAUGACAAAUCGCGCCGAAGUACCAGACGCUUUUUUCACUCGUUGUAUUUUAGCAAUGGUAGUGCUGAAAACGUUUUGCCUCACAGUUCUUGAUGUGAACGCAGCAUUUCUCUAUGCUUCCUUGCCAAAGGAUGAGCCGCCAGUGACAGUGUCACCGCCAGGACUGUUGAAACGGCUCGGCCUUGCAGGCCAAACUGAGCUAUGGGUCUUGAGAAAGGCUUUGUAUGGCUUGCGUGUAUCUCCAAAAUGUUGGACCAAGACUAGAAAUGACACGGUCCGAGGUGUUGAAGUGCAGCUCCCUGAUGGAAAAGCUUGUGUUUUUCAGCCAGCAGACUCGCAAGAACAUGCUUGGGUGUUGGUUUGUGACUCGGGGGGGAUUGUAGGCUAUGCCCUGUUCUACGUUGAUGACAUUCUGCUUGCCGCACAUGCUGCGAACCUUGUUGCGAUUAGGAACGCAGUGAAGUUGAUCUGGAAGGUUAAGGAUCAAGGAACUCUCCUCAACCCUGCCGACAAGUCCUACACGGAUGAGGCAAAGAUGUCCCUCAAUGUUCAGAGUGAGCUGGGAUUUUUGGGAAUGAGGCUUGGUUUCAAUGCAGCUGGCAAUCUGGAAUGCCACCAAUGUCCCUACAUCCGUAGUUGCUUGAAGGAGCGUGGGUUUGGAGAAGUUCGAGGCAGCUUGUCACUUCCAGCCGUGCAGGAAGGUAUGCAGCCUGAGUUUGCAAACCGUGACUCUGAAGAGUACAGAGUGCUGAUCCGCAAAGGGCAGCAGGAAAUCGGUGCACUGCUUUGGGCUUCGCAAAGAAGCCGGCCUGACAUUGCGGCGUGUGUAGGUGCAUUGGGGUCGUUGCUUGUGACUCAUCCAAAGAAGGUGUUGGAAUGGUGUCAUCAAGUUUGGAGAUACCUUGCAGGCACGGUUGAGCAUAGGAUUGUGUUUCAAGGUCAAGCAGUUCAAGCGGAUGCCUUUGAACUUAGUGUCAGUGCAGAUGCCAGUUUUGCGCCAGGUGGAAGUAAGAGUCGGUUGUCGAGUUGCAAGGAACUCUCCGUGAAGCUGCCGGCAAGUGGUUGGAAGGCAAAGGAAUGGAUUUUCAGCUAUGCUUCUUCUGAUAGCCAGAUGGAAGUGCAACAGUUGGGUGACCAUGUGGAAGAGAAGAACGAGCAGGUCAUGCGUAGAAAGCAUGCCAAGAAGUUUGCUCAAGAAGCAACUCCAGGCGGCAACAAGCACUUGUCUUCCUUUUGCAUGGACUUCACGUUCGGCAUUGGGCAACAUGGUCUAGCUCUUGGAGGCAUAGGCCCCCUUGGUUUGGUAGAAGCUCCGAAACACCGUCCUCAUGUACGCAUGCUACCACUGUUACUCAUGGUUGCCAAAUCAGAGGACCGUGAGGCCCAUCAAGAUCUCUUUAAGCAGUACAUGCAGCUCAUGAAGGAGCAUGAGAUUUCUGUGACAGACGGUUUUGCGGAUUGCUUUUGCUUUGAGAGUUUGCAGGACCUGGCGAAUGAGGAAUGGAAACAUAUCCGGCUUCACCGCUGUCUUCAGCACAGCAAAAUGAAUCUGCGGCAGGCGGCGAGAAAAAGAUGUCCCUCUUCUGGUGAAAGACGUCUUCGGAAUGAUGAGUUCCUGAAUGUCCUGGUUACAUUCCUUUUGCAGUCAGCAUUUUUGCCGAGCUCUUUGGAAUUCAACGUCUUUUGGUCGUCUGUGAUCUCUAGACUUCGAGGCACAGAAAAAGAGUCCGAUUGGCACGAACCAGACAUGGCGCUCUACAUUCAGGAAAACCUCCUGCAAGAAGGCCCUGAUGGCUUUACGGCUGCUUGGCGGACAGGUUUGGGCAUUGUUCCUGUUGGUUUCACUACUUACAGCUCCAACGCCCAAGAACGCGCCUGGCGGACUAUCAAAGGUCUUCUCAAGCCAGGGAUGCGCCAAAAAGAUCCUGCCUCUGUUAUUCUGGAUGUGGCUGCUGCCCUUACUUCCAAGUUGCGGAACGGGGACUAUGACAAGAUGCUGGCCAAGGUGGCCCAGCCUUGGCAAAGUCUUCAGGUGUCUGACAAAGCUCAGUUGCAGGAUGUGGACAGCCUUGAUUCGGACGACGAGCCUCAGUUAGUGCAACGAAAGCGUCUGGAUUUAGAAGCAAUUCUGAAGCAUUUCAGGCGUCAUGGGCCAACCGGGACAUUUAUUGCCUCUGUGUGCUCCCUGGCUCUUCAGAACGGCUGCUCUGCCCGCUUGGUGUACGUCUUGCCGAAAUAUUCGCUGCAGCACGCAGCCAAGAGAAAGCAGGAAAUGGCCAGUGCCUUGCGUUUAGCUCUUGCGACCUCUGAGGAGGAAGUGGCCCGCGCAGCUGCUUCGCUUCAGACAGGUGCUUAUGAUUGCCUGCGCCAUCUGCAUCUCAGAGAAAACUAUUGCACCGUUUGGGUGUCGACGGAGAACCAGCUGUACGAAGGUCAUAAGCAUUUUGUUUCGGGUGCAGGAUGGAGUGAGCAUUGCUUGUUCAUCCGGGCUCUCCUUGCGAAGGAAACAUCCCAGCCCAUACCCCUGGGGACGUUGUCAGCUGCUGCCAAGAAAAGAGCAAAGAAGCGGCCGCAGGCCAAGAGAUCAGCCAAGAUGAAAGCAAUGCUGAGAGCUCCUGAGGCAUUGUCCUCUGGCGUUGCAGGCGCUGAAGCAGUAGAAGUUGUUCCGAUGAAUUCCCAAACCCAAGAGCUUCUACCAGGUGGUUUGGUGGAAGGAAAGGAGCUCCCUAUUUUGGAUUCCGUUGGGCAGGAAAAAGAGUCUAUGUGCAUGGCCGCAACCAACAGCGGCAAGCGCUGCAGACGCAAGAGAUCUCAUGGCGCUUUUUGCUUCCACCACCAUCAGAUCGCAAGUUCGCCCAAAUGGAGUUUGACGCUCUUUGAAUCCGUGAAGGAGCCGGCGCAAAGCGCCAUGGAAUCCUGGGAAAAGGCGCAGUUGGACCUUGCCAUCCAAUUGUCGCAGACAGAGAAUGAAGAGUUGUCUGCCCGCAUGCAAGAGAGCUGCCGACGGGUCGACGCCAGGUUGCGGCUUUUGGGUCUUCGUCGUGUCCCUGUCCCUGCCGAAGGGAACUGCCAAUUUGAUGCUUUGGUCUACUCUGCAGAUGUUCCGAUGAGUGCAAUGGAGAUGAGGAGCUUUGUGGUUCAAUAUCUACGGCCACUGGCCCGUUUCUUUCAAGAUCGAAUCCAGGGGCAAUUUGCUGGCAGGUAUGAUUCAUACUGCUCCAACCUGGCCAAGUCAGGAAGCUGGGGGGACGAGCUGUCACUGCUGGGUGCGGCUCACUUGUUAAGACGUCCAAUUCAUCUGGUCACGGACACCGUCUCUGACAAGCCAGAGGAGUACAUCCGAAUCAUCGAGCCGCCCAGCAUCAUCCAUGAGUCCUUUGGGGCAGCCAGGUGGUUUUGGCAUGUUUCAUGGACAGACACUUCGACGCAACCGAGCCAGACUCUAGCUAGUGUAACCUGCCCUUCGCUGAGAAAAAUCUGCGUUCACGGCUGA